AUGUCUGGGACGGCGGCUCCUACACGCCCCAGCCUCUCAUGGCGACUCGGCUCCCUGGCGGUGGUGAGCUCUGUGAGCGCCCUGGCCAGAGGCUUUCUCUAUGGGUUCAACAGCGUCGAGGUCACGGGGUUGAACAACCUCUUGGGCGUGCUCGACCGGCGGAAACUCCCUGGCGGACGGGAGAGGGGACUGUUGACAGUCUGCAAUCAUGUUGGCGUACUCGACGAUCCGGUCAUCUGGGGCAUCCUCCCCAUGCGCUAUGCGCUCGACGUCGAGAACAUGCGCUGGAGUCUAGGUGCCCACGACAUAUGCUUCAGAAAUGCCGCAGCUUCAAAGUUCUUCAGUCUGGGCCAAGUCCUCCCCACGCAUCGAUACUGGCACUCCUCACACGGCGGGCCCCAUCAGCCCACCAUAAGCCAGGCCCUCAAGCUGCUCACCAGGCCCUCACCAACAGCUGGCCCUGAAUCACCGACAUACUCGACCAACGGUAAAGACUCGUUCCUCGCGCCCGCAGCGUACUCGGCCUACCGCAACGCCUGGGUGCACGUCUUCCCCGAAGCGUGCUGCCACCAGAAUCCAGAGAGCACGUUGCGGUACUUCAAAUGGGGUGUCUCACGCCUCAUCCUCGAAUCGGACCCGGCGCCCGAGUUCGUCCCCAUGUUCGUGCACGGCACGCAGCUCAUCAUGCCCGAGGACAGGGGCUGGCCACGCUUCCUGCCCCGCAUCGGCAACAAGAUCCGCUUCAUCAUAGGCGAGCCGACGGAUGUGGACAGGCUGUUUGGUGAGCAGAGACGGAGGUGGAGGAAGCUCGUCGCCAACAGCGACCCGGACGCCCUGCGCGACAGCCACGAGGCAUCGCAGCUGAGGAGGGAGGUCGCCAAGGGCGUGCGCGACGAGGUGGGCAGGUUGAGGGAGAAGCUGGGACUGGCGCCCGAGCAGGACGAGACGGCGGCCUUGGCCGAGACGUGGUCCAAGGAGCCCAACAAGCGUAAAUUCAAGAGCCCUGUCGACGGGAGCCUGACCAACCGGAAUAUGUAA